AUCCUCCAUCAGAACCCAGAAAAGUAACCACAAACGAAAAACGAUAACAAAUCGUCAUUUAUUAACGAUACCAGACUUUAAAUUUGUAUUCGAAUGCGUAUAUGUAUCAGCCAUCUGUCCGAAUCGCGUCUUCCAUAAUCAACCGUGUCUUCUUUGGUUAGAAUGUCACGUCAUGAUGGCGUUAGUUGUGAUUCCUGUUUGAAAAGCAAUUUUCGCGGUAAGCGCUACAAAUGCCUGGUGUGUUAUGACUACGACCUGUGUGCAACAUGUUAUGAGGCAGGGGCCACCUCAACAAGACACACCAAUGACCAUCCAGUCCAGUGUAUUAUCACACGAUCAGAUUUUGAUAUAUUCUAUGGAGGUGAAGCUAUAACAUCGGAGCAACCGCAGGCAUUUUCGUGCCCAUACUGUACUAAGAUGGGUUUCACAGAGGCUAUGUUGCAAGAACAUGUCACCAAUGAUCACGCUGACACCACCGCCGAAGUGGUGUGUCCAAUCUGUGCGUCGUUACCUGGUGGUGACCCCAACCACAUGACGGAUGACUUUGCUGCACACCUGUCCCUGGAACAUAGGGCUCCACGAGAAUUCUCCAUUCACGAUGAACCAACUGGCAUUCGACAUGUCCGACGCAUACCACACCCAGGUCGCGGUAUGAGUGGAGCUCGGAACCGCCGAGCUACGACCAUGCACUUCUCCGGCGCGGCGGGCAGCACUCUGGCGGGUCUGUCCCCCAGCGGUCGUGAAGCCAUGGACCCCAUAGCAGAGCUACUGUCACAGCUGUCGAGUGUUCGCAGUCGGGCGGCCGCGGCCCAGAGUGUUACCUCACAGCUACAGCAGCUGGAGAUGCAGUUACAGACAACCAGACAACAACUGGAGCGGACGCCUCGGAGGCAGGGAGCAGAACCCUUGAAGACUACAGCAGCUGGAGUUGUGGCUGGUACAGAGUCAGGGGCAACUACUGCUGCUGGAAACAACAACAACUCUAGUUCAAACUCCUUAUACUUACUUUCUAGGUUUACUGAGCCUGUGAUAGACGAAGGUGACGAAGACAAGGUCAGGCAGGAGCGCUCUGUAAGAAGCUUGUUUGUUCAGGAGUUGCUCCUCUCAACAUUGACUGAACACUUGACUUUGUCAGACUCCUCGCUCCUAGAUAACCUAGAUAAAUUACAAGGAUUGGGACUGGGAUGUUCCAGUUCCCUAUCGGAGUAUACAGAGACUGAAUCGGAUAAAAGUGAUAACGCCCAACCAGAGGGCGCUACUGCCAUGGAGAAAGAAAGUUUACCCAUGGCGAGUUCUAAAAGUACGAGUCCUGAGGCGGUGAAUAGUUCUGUGUUGGACAAUGGAACUGCAGCAAAGACUGCAGUCGGUCACAGAGUGGUCACAGAGAAAGUAGGAACAAAGCACAAGAAUGCCAGCAACCCACUUGGACCAGUGAAUGGUAAAGGGGCGUCCGGUAGUGGUGCAGGUGUUAUAACGGGGGCUCGCGUCCGCCAGAACACGCACCCGUACCAGAGUCCAGGGGAGUGGAAUAGUCAGGCGUUGCACCAUAACGUGCGCCAGAGUGGACUCAUGCAGAAUGCUGUAGAGUUUUCAAAUAAUUUGGCACUGAAUAUGGGCGGUAGAAGCAGCAGUGGGGCUUCGUAUGAUGCAGACAACCCGCAGCCACUUCCCGGUCGGCCCGGAUCGGCUGGGAGGGAACGGGAUGGGUCGCUGAAUCCGGCUGCUGCGAAGCGUAACAUGGUAAAACACAUACCAGCGUCAAAAGCAUCUGAUCGGGAACCACCCCCUCACUGAGGCAUUGUGGGUACUUUUGCGAAUAUAUAUAUUGAACAGUUUUUCAUGUAAAAAUUAUGAAAAAAUCGUUAUUUUUAUGUUUCCCAAAUACUUAUGGAUUUAUGUUUUACUAUUUAUUGUCUCGCUGGUGUCAAUGAGCUGAAAGGAAUAACUCUGAGCUGGAGUUUGGUCCAGAUGUGUUUUAACCACUUGUAACUAUGAGUAGAAAAAUGUAACCCUUUUUGUGGGCAAUUUGAUUGAUAUAGAACACAUUUUUGUUGAAGUUAAUCAAGUGAUAAAGUUGUGUAUCACAUUUCUGUUUCCUCAAUCGCAUGAUGUUUUAUGUAAGGUUUAUUUAUUUAUGUGGAUUUCUAAAGUGUCUUGAAAAAAACAUUCAUCUGCAGAAACAAACCUUGUGUAGGAGGAACUAUUGUACUUUGAAACAGAUACAGCUUGUAAUUGUUGCCUGUGUAUAAAGUGCUUUCUUUUUGUGAUAACAGUAGGUUAGAUUGUUCUGUAUUGACAACAUACUUGGAAGUUUCUUGUUAAUAAUACUUUUAAAAAGUUAAUUUUCCUACUUGUCAUUAUUUAUUCAGAGCCAUAAAAUUUGCAAAUAAAAAUUGUUGUUAAUUAAGCAGAGCUCUGGAAAAACUGUGGAAAAAGUAUAGAAUCAAAUUAAAUGUUCGCUUUGUUGUUAUUUAUCAGUUAAUAAACAACUGUUGUUAAGCGUUUUCAAAGUAUUGCUGACCUGACUGUUUUCGUCAUUGGAUAGUUUAUGAUGUGGAAUUCCGCAUAUUUGCUAAAAAGCAUAUUCAACCACAAAAAGAAAAGGCAUAAUCUAAUACUUGCACAUGUUUAUAGAAUAUGAGCUCUUAGAGUCAUUAAUUUCAGCAAUGUUGUUAUGGUGCAUUUACUUGAAAAAAAACUUGUGAUUUGAUAUUUAUGAAAAUGUGUUCACAGUUUAAAUACUAAAUAAAUAUAUUCUAUCAAGAUGCAACUUAUAAUAAAGAAGUCAGUAAGUGGUGGUGGUGAUAGGGAAAUACAGUUGAGAAUUAUUAGUGCAAUUAAUGCUCUGUGACGGAUCAGAACAAGAAAUAAAUACUGGUAUUUAGUGGGUCUUCUUAAGGCAGUACUGAACUAGAAUCUGCCCACAAAUCAUGCGCAAAUCAAUCUACUGUUAGAGUCUGUCAUUUUUUUCCAGCACAUUGUAUUGAACACUUAAAACAAAAUGUUCACUAAGCAUAUUUUGCACAUUCUGUUAUUUUUCUUCUGAUUUUUAUCAGGCCAUGAAUUGAACCGCUUUGGACAAAAGUUAUGCUUAAUAAUCCCACCUGUAGUGCAACUGUAAUACAGAUAUGGGCCUCUCUCAGGGGAAAUAUGAUGAACUGCAUGUGCGUAAAACAAGUCCCAGAUUAGCCUGCGAAGUCUGCCCUUUAUUAUUAGGGAGAGCACUUUCUGCUUUUCUGGAAUUAUUUGUUUAAAGGAAGUCUCUAUUAACCCUUUCCCCCAUAAGAAGCAAAGUGACUCAGUGUGGUCAGGUUUUAUACUGUUUGCUGCUCAUCGGUAAAGGUUUGAAAUGUAGCAUGUAAAACUUGAAUGUAGUAAGAAAGGUCUUUAAUUAAAUUAAACUUUCUCAUAGACUACGAAUGCGUCAAAAUACGUAUCUAAGUGGUAAAGGGUUGAAGGAAGUCUAUAAAACAAAAAUCCAGUCUAGGUAGAGGCUCAUACAUGUAUACUAUUUAUUACAAUGUACUCAAAAGUCUUGUUUUGUUUGCAGGACUGUUUAACCUUCUUAAGGCCAACUCAACAAUGCCAAAUGAAAACCUUGUGUUUGUUUCAGAUUAUUUUUUACAUAUUUCAUUCUAUCAGUUUAGUGAAUGAACUGUUUGGACAUAUAAAAGUGUUUACUUUUUUACAGUUUAUUUUUGGUUUAUAAUGUUCAUAUUAAAAAAAAAACCAUUAACUUAAGACAUGAAUGUUAAUCAGAUAUGAUUACUAAUUGAUUGUUCCCAUCAAUUCAGUCAAAUCUCUUUGGAAUCACUUACUAACCGUGUCAUUAAUGAAAGCAGAUUUGUUGCUAAAAUUAUGAAUUGUUACAAUUUAUUGUUUGUAUCUAACAUCCUACUAUUAAAAGAAAGGGAGCCUUGCUCUGGCAAAAUGGGGCUUAGUGCUUGUACUAAAAGUGUCGUCCCAUAUAAGCCUGUGCAGACUGCACAGGCUAAUAUGGGACGACACUAUAUGCACAUGUGUUAAACCAAGUUUUUAAGAGUAUGGCUCAAGUAGUUUCUUAUUGUUGAUUCUUUCCUAAAUGUGCUUCACUUUUGGCAUAUAUGUACAAACUGCUUAGAUGAUUGCUUUCAAAUGCACUAUAGUAUAACCUCAAUGUCUUUAUACUAGAAGGCAUAUUUGUUGUUUGAAACUAUUGUUCAUAUUCAUCUUAAGUGUUUUAAGGUCUCGCGACUGAUGUUUCUUUCUUUUUAUCAAAUAAACAAUUGUUUAUGCAUGCACACAUUAAAAAAAUAAUUGUGUUGUAAGUUGGGUUUAGUAUUUUCAGUAAAACAGCAUAAGCUAUACAUUCUUCAUAGACACUUUAAAUGAUUUACAAUAUUUACUUUUAGUGUAUAUUUGACAGAUACAGUAGAAACAUUAAAGCUUUAAGUUGUGGUUAUUGUUUUGACAUACAAUCAGCUCUUCUUCAAUGAAUUUCAAUGAAAUGGUUAGCCACAAUUAAGGAAAUUCAUAUUGGUAAUCUGAACUUGUAAGCUAUAAACAUUGAAUUAAUUUUUAAAAAACAGGCACCAAUUGUUUAUAAAAUAUUGUUAUAAAAAUUAUUAAUGUGGGAUAAAAAAGAUUAUGUUGAUUGUUAUAAAUAAUUAACAAUUAAGAGAUGAAUUUACUGCACUGCUAACAAUUUAAUGUGCGCUUAUAUUUUCUAUAUUAAAUGCCAUUUUCAUGUCAUCUGCAUCCAAUGUGUGAUGCUUAAUUCAUAUGUAGAAUACUGCUUAUAUGGGGUCAUUUGAUUCUGUUGUGCAUUCAUUAACCCUGAAUGCCUCCUGUCGACUUGUUACUUUGUUGUUUUCUUUUUCAUUUAUCUGUCAAAACAGACGUAUAUUAUGUAAUUAUUAUUAUUGAGAUCUAGUAUAUGUGUGCGUUAUUUGCAAUGUUUUAUGCUAUCAAAUAAAUCAUAAUGAUAA